AUGAGUGUGGGUGAGCUCUUCAUUCACAUAGUACCAAGCUCUCACUUCAUUCGCUCACCUCGUGAUCGUCUUUGCUGCUCAUCACUCUAGUUCAGAUCGCGCGUUGGCCGACUCGCUGGCAUCCGAGCUUCGCACCGAACCGCUCUGUGACUUGUAGGACCAUACUCUGCGAUCACAAUGCGACUUCCUCGUCAACACCAUCGAGGAGUCGCUCACCCUUGCCCAGGUCUCGAAUCGAUGCAAAUGUCACUCGACCAAUAUCGCCGCACCUCGAACACCACUGUCGACCGGUGGCGAUCUCCCCCGCCAACUCCACAUCGUUCACUCUCGUCGUCAACAUUGACCGAUCACUCGAGUGCAAUCACUCGCUGUCACAUAUCUUUCUUUGAAUCGAAGAGUCUCAUCGACGCGGGAAGCUCUCGGAAUCUGUUGGAACAUGUAUUGCACGACUCGGCAAGCAUUCGCUCGAUGCCCGUUCGAAGCUUCGCACCCAUCAUCGACCUUCGGUCCGAUUGAUCGAUCAACCGACCGAACUGGCAAACUUCUCCAGCUCGAUCUCGCCCCCUGUCCGUGCUCACCCCAUCACCAAGACGUGCGAAGUAACAACCCGCUCGCCCAUCGCGAUGGCGACCGCCUCAACCGUCGACCUUCAACUCGAUCGACAUGGACUCACGGUCAUCAACUGA